AUGGAUGAUAGUGACGAGGAGCGCUACCGGCGCUCGCGCAGCCCCAGCUUUACGAAGGCGCGGGAAGAGACCCGCAGCGAUGCCAAGUCCCACUCCCUUCGUCGUGCGCUGGGGCGGGUCGUGAGCAAAUUGCAGGACAAAGAGCAAGAGAAGCAGCAGAAGCCGAGGCCACAGCCGCCCAAGGAGGCUCCGCCCAGCUUACGGAGUCGAGUGGAGCAGAUCGUGCGGAGGAGCCAGGAAUGGGAGCAAGUAGAAGUGGAAGAACAAGCGACGCCAUCGCCAGCCAAGCGCGGAGGAGCCUUGGAGCUCUUGAAGUCCAAGGUGGGCACCGCAUCCGCCCGCGCGGUGCGCGCGCCGAAGGCCGCGGCGAAAGGCGGCGCAAGGGGUGGGGGAACGAUUCCGCGGAAGGAGUCCAACUUGAGGGACGUGUUGCGCAAAGUGGUCGACAAGAUCCAGACCGAGGGCGACAGGUCCCGGGUGACCAUACACCCCUGGCGGCGUGUGGCUUGGCGUGUGGUUCCGGAAGUCGCGGGUGGAGCAGCUGGAGACGCGGGCCGCGCGAGUCGUGGCCCGCUGCACGGUGCGGCGUACGAUGGGGAUGAAGGAGAUGGGUGUACAGCCAGCGGACAUUGGAGGAUCAAUGAUCCAAAGAUCCUGGAGAAGCUUUCAGGAUCGAUGAUCGCCUUUCAUUUCAGCGGUUGGGCCAGUUGGCCAACGAGCCACUGGUCCGAGAGCCGCGGCUUGCGGCCGUCGGUGGAGAAGGGCUCCUUCAACUUAGUGGGAGGCUUCAAUGAUUGGGACGCGGAGGCGGAACCCAUGCACGACUGCAGCAGCUCUGUGCUGAAGAUCCGCCCCACGGCACCCAUGGGGCAGCAGCGUGGCGUGCAACGCGAAGAGUUCCAGAUCUUGCGCAAUGGAAGCUGGGAGCAUCGGCUGUUCCCCGCGGGUGGCACAGAGGAGACGGUGAUCGUGCUCAGGCCUGGACAGCGGAGUGCAGCAGCCGUGAGCAACGCGCAUGUGGAGGGUCAUGGACGGAACUGGGCGGAGACCCUGAAGUUGUUGCAGAUGAAGGGCAGGCGGCAGGUGGAGAAGGACCCGAAGCCGGAGCUGCAGGCCUCGAGUGUCCUGGUCUUCCGGCAUUGCCCCCGGUCCACCCAUGCCAACGGCAUCGUGGACGUGCCAGGCUUUGACUACUACAACAACUACUCAGAGGAGGAGUGGCCCCUCUGGCCUGUCCCAGCCAUGCAUUGCUUGCCUCGCGGCCUAGACAUUCUCCAAGCACAAGGGCGCUUUCUGAAGAGUAGCCUUCCAGGGCCUAUCUUCGUCAUCGCCGACACGGUGUUUCGCGACAACCAAACGGCGCACGCCUUGUUGGAAGGCUUUGACAUGCUCCCUUCGAACAAGACCCUCUUAUCGAUUCACGCGCCAUUCAGUAACUCAUCUACCUGCAAAUAUUUGUCUGGAGAGAAAUCGUUGGAGGCGCUGAAGGAGUCCAUGAGCCGGAUCCCCAAUCCUGCCAGCUACAGCACCGUGAUGACCAAGCUCUCUGAGAUUUUGGGUCCUGGAGCGGCGGGCAACUGGAGCAACUACAGCUGCGAGGCCUACUUCGAUGAGUCGCAGUCCAAGGUGAAGAUGCGUGGAGCCUGCUACGCGGCCAGUGACUUUGUGGAACGUCUCUUCAUGGAAUGGGCUGGUGGCUUGACACUGGGCUGGAACAAAUUGAUUCCCAGUGAGUUGCCGUCGCUGAUGAGGCUUCAUGACUGGGCGCGCACCGUGUACAACGCGGUGCCACCUUUGGAGGCUCGCCUUCAGGCCUCCAUUUCGCAUUGGGUCCUUAAGGGUUUGGAGCGUCCGGGCACCACGGUCUUCGCGGGGCACGACACCACGCUGAAUGCCCUGCAAGCCAUCUUGGGCCUCUCCUGGAUCCCCACCCCCUGGCCGCCCAACGCCACGAUGCCGGCCUCGGCCUUGCGCUUCGACCGUGUGGGGAAGGAAGUGAACAUCUCCUACAUCUAUGUGCAAAACUACUCGGAGGAGACCGGAGUGAUGGCCACAGUGCCGGUGACCACGCUCUUCGGCGACGCCUUUGGGUCUUUGAGCUGGAGCGAGUUCAAACACUUGGCGAAGAGGAACACGGUGAAGGACUGUGUGAAUGUGAGUGACUGGCCGUUGGUGGAGGAGGAGGGUGGCACCCAGUGA